GAAUGCCUGGCUCCUGCCCUGGGCGGAGCAUCUCCCCAUGCAGGGACACUCAGUGGCCAUGGACAGCAGAGAUCUGCUGGAGGGAGGAUUGGCUGUGGGAGAGAUAAAGAAAACUGCCCACCUGGUUUUAAUAGAUGGUGAUGGAAUACACACUUCUGGUUACAUCUCGCAUUGCAACCUAAGAUGAGUGGGUUUCUUCUCUGUUACAGAGUCUUCUCAAGAGCAAGCAAUUGCCAAAGGCCCAGAGUAAAUAAAAUAUCCAGUAGGGGCUUCAGUUGUACCAUAUGCAAACAUCUGAGAGGCUCAGUACUUGAGCUCUGAUGUUAGUGGGGAAAAUCCGUGCUCCUCUCUGCUGGUUGCCUGUUACGCUGAUUGAGCGUCUCUCAUUUCUGACAGGAGUCACUUUCAGAGAAUACAGAACUCUAUAAUAAAGUGCUCCCUCUGUGUUUCAGAGCUCCUCAACUGAAAGCAUUCAUGCAGCAGUGAUGUAGCAUUUAUCACUGUACAGAAUAACCACUGCUUCCAAGUACAAGUUUCCACCUUAUUGGUCCUUCUGAGCCCCUACCUGGCCAAGAAGCUUCCACUUGUGGUUCUUUAGGAUUCAGGAGCUUGUGGAACAAGUUAAAGGAAUACCAGACACUAACGGCUUUGACUGAAAGGGUCUGUAUGAUUGUUUUCUUGAACGAAAGCAUAAAGUAGCUGAAACCUAUUCAAGAAAGAAGAAUUUGGCUCAAAAAAAGACACAAGAUAAGCACUUUUAUAGCUUUGGCUAAUAUCCUAAACUAAAGCUAUUUGAAAGGGUUGUUUUUUUUUUUUUCUGAGUGGCAUGAAGAAUGAACAGUAAUAUGGUUAAAACGGAUUUCCCUUACACAAGUGAUAUGAAAGGUGAAUAUUUCAUUCAUUUUAAAUCAAGUCAUCCUGCUGUCAUUAGAAACCCUCAGAGGUUCAGCCUGGUAGAAGGAUUUAAAGGCAGCACUUCAACAAUAAUCGGAUUAGAAGGACUUGCAUAGCUCCAUGGUCUAAAAAAGAGAUAAAAGAAACCAGAGCUCAAGCUUGCCACAAAGCAAGGCAGUGAGUUGUGUGGUGCAGAAUCAACCCACAGUUCUGAGCCAGUGAUUUUGACAGUCACCUGAAGCAGGGAUGCCUGCAGACUUCAAUGGCUAUUGGAAAAUGGUCAGCAAUGACAAUUUUGAGGAGUAUCUGAAAGCACUGGAUGUAAAUGUUGCUGUAAGAAAAAUAGCAAACUUGCUAAAGCCUGACAAAGAAAUCCUUCAGAAUGGGGAUCAUAUGAUCAUUAAAACGCUGAGCACUUUUAGAAACUACAUCAUGGAAUUUGAUGUAGGGAAGGAGUUUGAGGAGGAUUUAUCUGGGGUGGAUAAUCGCAAGUGCAUGACCACUGUGUCUUGGGAUGGAGAUAAGCUGCUUUGUGUACAGAAUGGAGAGAAGGAAGGCCGUGGUUGGACCCAGUGGAUUAAAGGAGAUGAAAUGCACCUGGAAAUAAGAGUGUGUGGAGUCACAUGUAAGCAGGUCUUUAAGAAGGUGCAGUGAGCUACUGCUGCUACAGGAAUGAAGAACAAUAGAAUUUACUGACUUGCCAGCAACUCUCCAAAUGCUAAUACUGAGCAUCCUCAGCAACAAGAGCAAACACAGAAAUGAAGAUCACAUUAGAACCAUAUAGUUGGAAUAAAAUAUUUUUAGGAAAUUGAAAAAAAUGAC